CAAACAUCAAAGAUAAGGCACGUAGCAUAAAAAAUCUCCACUUUGCAAUGGUAAAUCAGAAGCAGCAGAAAUAAAAUUUUAACUCCGUUAACUUUUAAAACUUUGAGCACCCUCCUGAACUACGGAACUGAGCUUCCUUUAAUAAUUUUGCGUGUGCCCUUCCCUGAUUGAAAUAAAACAAUGAUCGAAGAAGCGCAAAUCGUAGUCGUCGGUUCCUGCAUGAUUGACUUGUCAUGCUUUGCUCCUCGACUGCCAAAUCCUGGAGAAACUCUUCAUGGUACGUCUUUCAACAUUGGACACGGAGGCAAAGGUGCAAAUCAGGCUGUGGCAGCCUCAAAAUUGGGAGCAAAAGUCGCUCUUAUUGCCAGGCUUGGUGAUGAUUUUUUUGGGAGAGAAUAUCUGAAGGCCCUACAGGAAAACAAGAUUGACAUAAAGGGAGUUAAAUUAACUGAAGGACAGCCAAGUGGAAUUGCUCAAAUUACUGUUGCUGACAAUGGUGAAAAUCAAAUUGUGAUCGUGCCAGGGGCAAACAAUCUUCUUAGCAAAGAUGACCUGGAUGAUUCCUUGCUUGAUAAGGCCAAAGUUGUGAUUUGCCAGUUGGAAACUGAUCCAAACUUGGUCACUCAAACUGCCGAUAUUGUGAGGCAAGCAAAAUCGGGAGGCUUGGUGAUUUUAAAUGCAGCUCCUGCUCGGCCGAAUUUAUCAAGUGAUAUUCUUAAAUCCUGUGACAUUCUGUGCGUCAACGAAACAGAGGCAAGCAUGAUUCUUGGUGGAGGAAACGUGAACACCAUUUUAGAAGCAAAAAAUGCUGUUGGACAGUUGUUGGAGAAAGGAUGCAAAUCAGUCAUCCUUACCCUUGGAAGUCAGGGAGCAGUUUAUGCAAGCAAUUCUGAAGUACCGAUUCAUGUUGCAGCACCUCAAGUUCAGGCUGUUGAUACAACAGGAGCUGGUGACGCUUUUAUAGGAGCUUUGGCUUAUUACCUGGCACAAAAUUCUAAAUUAACAAUGGCAGAGAUUCUAAAACGGUCGUGUGCAAUUGCAGCAAUAUCAGUUAAACAAAAGGGUACUCAGCAGAGUUUUCCAUCGAGAGAAAAUUUAGAGGCAGAUUUGUUUGAUUAAAACAAAUACAUUCAAGUUUACUUUUAAAGA